CGGUGAUCCCCAGUGAACCGGUUAUCUGCGAGAUGUGGUAGACCUUCCAGCUCGGGAAUUCGGCCAGCAUCGUGAAUUGAGGUUGAACUCCCAAAAAGUUCCACGGACGGGUCAACAUGUGUAGUUAACCACGAACUAGUUUUAUUUGUCGAUCGUCAGUCACAAGCAGCAGUGUGCCGUUCAAGUCCUUGAAAUACCCUGCUCACCAUGUCUGUCAAACCGAUCACAUCUCAUAGCCAGUUCAUUUCCAUCAUGAUGGAGGAGGGGAAGACUGUCAUCGUAGACUUCGUGUCCGAAAGUUGCCCUCAUUGCAAAGCCAUCGCCCCCACCUUUGAUGAGCUCGCAAGCAAGUUCUCGUCGGACAAGGUCGAAUUUUACGUCAUUAAUGCCGAAAAACUCGACGAUAUCAGCUUCGAAGUUGGUGGCAUAACGAGCGUAAAUAUCGGAUGUCUUUGCACACAACAAUCACCUUGCGCUGACUACUGAUCUGUAUGGCUGCUCAGUAUCCUACAUUCAUCGCAUUCAAGGACGGCAACAAGAUGGAGGAAUCCACGUUUGGUGCUGCUCGCGAGAGGCUGCAGGUGCGUUUAUACUAUUAGUCUCUUAGCAUUACGAAUCGAAACCCAUUUUGCCCACCCAGAAAUUUGUGGAGAAAUACUG